AUGUCUGAAACGGAUUUUGUCAAAUUGGCCGAACAACAGGAGUCUCCAAAGUGGAUUCUUACUCCAGAGGAGAUCUUGCUGGCAGCGAAACAGUAUGUCGCCGACGAGAUUAAGUUCAACGACCAGAUUGCCGCUAUCGAAGAACCAACCGUUGAGAAUGUUCUCAUCCCAACUGCCAAUCGCGAGAAUGAGAACUAUUUCACAGAAAGUCUGAUCACUUUCUACCAAUAUGUGUCCACAGACAAAAACGUCAGAGAUGCUUCCACUGAGGCUGAACAGUUGAUGGACGAAAACUCCAUCGAACAGAAUUCCAGAGUGGAAGUGUUCAACGUUUACAAUAAGUUGUGGGAGAAAAUCAAGGAUUCUAACGAAACUGAUCCCGAAACAUUGAAGUUCUUGGAGAAGACAGUAAAGUUUUACAAAAGAAACGGAUUGGGUUUGCCAAAAGAGAAGAGAGAGGAGGUGAAGAAGUUAAAAAUUGAAUUGAGCAACUUGUCCACCACCUUCUCAAAAAAUUUGAACGAGGAGAACGAUUUUCUCGCUUUCACUGCGGACGAAUUGGAAGGAGUUCCAGAAUCUGUCAUGGAACAGUUCGAAAAGACUGAGGAGGACGGCGUUGAGAAGUUUAAAGUGACCUUCAAGUACCCUGACAUUCUUCCAGUAUUGAAAUAUGCGAAGAACCAGGAGACCAGAAAAUCAGCUUUGAUCGCCAACCUGAACAAGGUGCCUCAAAACGCAGAAAUCUUGGACAAGAUCAUCCGAAUUAGAUACAAGAUUGCCAAGUUAUUGGGAUAUCCUACGUACUCCGAAUUUGUUUUGGAAGAGAGAAUGGCCAAGAACCAGAAGAACGUCUUGCAGUUUUUGGAAGACUUGAAGACGAAGUUGCAGCCAUUGGGUAAGGAAGAGUUGGCAAGAUUGUUGAAGUUUAAGAAUGAGGAUUUGAAGGCUAGAGGUUUACCCGAACAGGACACCUACUACGCCUGGGAUGCCAGCUUUUACGAUAACUUACUCUUGGAGAAGGAGUACCAAGUGGACCACCAGAAAAUCUCUGAAUACUUUCCACUUGACCUGACAAUCGAAAAGAUGUUUGGAUUCUAUGAGACUUUGUUCGAUGUCAAGUUUGUGAAGGUUGAAAACCCAGACCCGGAAACUGUGUGGCACGAAGAUGUUCGUAAGUUUGCCGUUUUCCAGAACAUCAAGUAUGGAGAGCCAAAGUUGGAAUUCAAGGGCUGGAUCUUGUUCGAUCUUCACCCCCGUGAAGGAAAAUAUACACAUGCUGCUCAUUUUGGUUUAAGACCAGGUUUUGAAAGGGCUGACGGCACACGCUCGCCAACAUACUCGUCGUUGGUGUGCAACUUUACCAAACCCAGUAAGAGCAAGCCUUCUUUGUUGAAACACAAUGAGGUGACCACCUUUUUCCAUGAGCUCGGCCACGGAGUUCACAGCUUGUUGUCGAAAACUAAGCAUGCCAGAUUCCAUGGUACUAGCGUUCCAAGAGAUUUUGUUGAAUGUCCUUCGCAGAUGUUGGAGUUUUGGACAUGGUCCAAGAAUGAGUUGAAGCAGUUGUCUUCUCAUUACGAAACUGGCGAGCCCAUUCCAGAUGAUCUCAUUGACCAGUUGAUCAAGUCCAAGCAUGUUAACACCGGCUUGUUUAACUUGAGACAGAUGCACUUCGCUCUUUUCGACAUGCACCUCCAUACUAUUGACAAUGAGGCAGAUAUCGAUGCACUCGAUUUGACAAAGGUGUGGAAUGAAUUGCGUGAAGAAAUUGCCUUGAUCUCAAAUGGUGGUGUGAGUAACAAGGGCUACGCCACAUUUGGUCAUAUUGCGGGAGGAUACGAGUCUGGCUACUACGGCUACUUGUACUCUCAAGUGUUCGCAACUGACAUCUAUUACACUCAUUUCAAGUCUGAUCCUAUGAACGUGGAGAGUGGACUUAGAUACAGAGAUGUGAUUUUGAAGAAUGGUGGCUCCAAGGAGGUUCUCGACAUCUUGGAAGAGUUGCUUGGAAGACAGCCUAACUCCAAUGCAUUCUUGGAGGAAAUCUUAGGCAACUGA